AUGACCACCCUCAUCACAGGCGGCACCGGCAAGACAGGAAGCAGGCUCGCCAAACUCCUGCACGCAGCGGGGCACCCCUUCAUCCUCGCCUCCCGUUCCGGCACUGCCCCCGCGCCCCUCUCCUCCAAUCUGGGCGUCAAGUUCGACUGGGCCGACCCAUCAACAUUCCAGAACCCCUUCAGUUUUGUCAGCGGGGGGGAGACGAAGAUCGACCGCGUGUACCUCAUCGCCCCGACGGCAGUGCUCGACUCGCUGCCCCUCGUGCAACCGUUCGUCGACCUCGCGGUGGCGAAGGGCGUGAAGAGGUUCGUGUUACUGACUGCGACGUUGAGCGAGUCUGGCGGGCCGGGUCUUGGGAAGCUGCACGAGUACGUCGCGGGUCUGAGAGGGGGUGUUGAGUACACGGUCUUGCGUCCGACGUGGUUCAUCGAAAACUUCGGCACGCUCUACGCCCAUAGCAUCCGCGAGAAGGAUGAGAUAUUCUCAGUCAUGAAGAGCGGGAAGCUCCCGCUCGUCAGUGCGGACGACAUCGCCAAAGCAGCGUUCGACGCGCUCUUCGCAGAGCAGAGCCCCAACACGGACUACUACCUCGUCGGACCCGAGUUGUUCUCAUACGACGAGGUAGCUGCUCUCUUCACCGAAGUCCUGGGAAGGAAGAUCACCCAUAAGCACCUGACCGACGAAGAAGAGCAGGCGCUGUACCAGUCGUUCGGGCUGCCGAAAGAGUACGCUGCGAUGUUGACCGCUGGUGAGGCGUUGGUCGCUAGUGGAUCAGAGGAGCGCUGCGUUGGGACGAGCAAGACGAUCACGGGGACGCACACCCUGCGGCAGUUCGUCGAAGCGAACAAGCAGAUUUGGACCAAGUCGUAG